AUGAACGCUAUUACUGGUCUUCUAAUCGUGUGCUUGGCGCUCAGCGUCUAUGGUUUGCCAAAUGCGCGUAUCAUUGGCGGCAAUAAUGCCCCCGAUGGUUUAUACCCUUAUCAAGUGUCAUUGAGGUAUACAAAAGAUAACACUCAUUUGUGUGGUGGAGCUAUCAUCAGCAAAAAUUAUGUUAUUACCGCUGCGCAUUGUUUGAUUAAGCUGAAACGUGUGUCCGAUGUUGAAGUCACUGUUGGAAGCAAUCGCCUCGAUACACCUUAUACUGUGUACCCAGUAAACGUUCUUAUAAUACAUCCUAAUUUUGAUAAUGUUCUAUUCGCUAACGAUAUUGGUUUAAUCGGUAUGUUAAACGAUAUUCAAUUUAACCAAAAAGUUCAGCCUAUUGCUUUGCCAACUAUUGAUCGCAAUUACGACAAUUAUUUUGUCGUAGCUACUGGCUGGGGAAGACUCGGGACGAAAGGCCCGAUUCCUAAUUAUUUACAAGAAAUCACUGUGAAGGGAUUAUCUCAAAGCAAAUGCCAUAAUUACUACAACUAUAUAGUUGUGAAUACUACGAUAUGUACUCUUACAAUGCGGGGUGAAGGAAUGUGCAAUGGUGAUUCCGGUGGUCCACUCGUUGCUGACGGUGUCUUGGUUGGUCUUGUGUCCUUUGGUACAAAACCGUGUGGAAGCGGUUUUCCAGAUGUAUUCACGAAAGUAUUUUAUUAUAAGACAUGGAUCAACAACUAUUCCGGUUCAGUUCCUAUUCGUGAAAAUAGUGAUAACGAAAUAAUGACUGUUGCAAUGAAUAUUAUCGUUGGUUUCAUAAUCGCAUGUCAGGUGAUCAGCGUUUAUGGUUCAUUUGAUCCGCAAAUCGUCGGCGGCAGCUUUGCUCCCGAUGGCGCAUUUCCUUAUCAGGCAUCGUUGAGGUAUUCACAGAAUAAGCAGCAUUUUUGUGGCGGAGUCAUCAUUCACAAAAGUUAUAUUCUUACUGCUGCGCAUUGUUUAACAAGUAUUAGAAAUUCAUCCGAAAUUUACAUCGUCGUUGGAAGCAAUCGUCUCUCUUUAUCUGGCGUUGUGCAUAAAGUGGCAAACUUUACACUGCACUUUGCUUAUGACAGCAAUCGAAAACUGAACGACAUCGCUUUAAUUGGGGUAUUGAACAAUUUCAAUUUUACCAACAAAGCUAUCCAACCUAUUAAAUUGCCAGAGUUCGAUCGCAAUUACGACAAUGAUACUCUCGUAGUUAGUGGCUGGGGAAGACUCGAGGCAAACGGUCCUACUCCUGACUCUUUGGUAAUGAUUAAAUUGAAGGGAUAUUCCCAACAGAAAUGUAACGAACGCUUCAAUGAUACCGCAGUACGCAUUACGGCGUCUCAUAUAUGUACUUUUACAAUGAAAGGUCAAGGAAUGUGUCAUGGUGAUUCCGGUGGUCCACUCGUUGUUUCACAUGACAACUCAAUGGUCUUGGUUGGUCUCGUGUCCUUUGGUAGAGUACCAUGCGCUAGCGGCAAUCCAGAUGUAUUCACUAGGGUGUUCUACUUCAAAUCGUGGAUUAGCUGGGCAAUUGAAAAUUCUAAAAAAGAUGAUGGGAAUGGGAAAGGGAAUGGAUAUGGGCUGCACCCAUCAGUCGAACAUUAUUCUCUGUUUUUUAAUGGCAUGUUUGUGUAUAAAAGGAUAUUUACUUUUAUAGAUACGUAUAUUUUAUUGUGCGCGCAUACAAUUUAAUAUAAAAAUUAAUUAUUAAUAAAGGAAAAU